AUGACCCUCUGCACUGGCUGCCAGGCAAAGGAGGCCUCGCGUCUCGAGUGCCCUCACUGCAAGAAGUUGAAUAUCGCGGGCAGCUUCUUCUGCGACCAGGACUGCUUCAAGAAGAACUGGGGAACACACAAGCUCAUCCACAACAUUGUCAAGAUUGCCGCGGACAAUGAGGACACGAAGAACUCGACCCUCCCCGCCUCGAUGCGCGGCUACCAGUUCACCGGCACACUGAGGCCAGUCUACCCCCUCUCAGCGAAGCGUGAGGUGCCCGCGCACAUCGAGCGCCCCGACUACGCCGACCACCCGCAGGGAUGGAGCGCGUGCGAGGCCGUCCGCGAGCGGUCGGUCAAGAUCCUGACCCAGCAGGAGAUUGAAGCGAUGAGGACGGUGUGCAGGCUCUCGCGCGAGGUCCUCGACAUCACUGCCGCCGCGAUCCGCCCCGGCAUCACGUCGGACGAGCUCGACGCCAUCUGCCACCAGGCAUGCAUCGACCGCAACUGCUACCCCUCGCCGCUCAACUACAACAAGUUCCCCAAGUCGGUGUGCAUCAGUGUCAACGAGGUCAUCUGCCACGGUAUCCCCGACCAGCGGCCACUGGUCGAGGGCGACAUUGUCAACCUCGACGUGUCCCUCUUCUACAAGGGCUUCCACGGCGACCUGAACGCGACGUACCCCGUCGGCAAGAUUGACCAGGAGUCACAAGACCUGAUUGACACGACCAAGAAGGCGAUGGAGGAGGCCAUUGCGCUGUGCAAGCCCGGCGUCCCCUACCGCGAGAUUGGCAACAAGAUCGAGUCCAUCACCAAGCCCAAGGGCUUCAGCGUCGUCCGCCGCUACACCGGCCACGGCAUCCACAACCUGUUCCACUGCAACCCCAACAUUGUGCACUACGCCAACUCGAAGAUGCCCGGAAAGAUGGAGGUCGGCCAGGUGUUUACCAUUGAGCCCAUGAUCAACCUCGGCACCGCCAACCUCGACCACUGGCGCGACGACUGGACGGCCGUCACGCUCGACGGCCGCCGGUCGGCCCAGUUCGAGGAGACGAUCCUCAUCACUGAGAACGGCGCCGAGAUCCUCACCAGGAUACCCAAGAAGAAGAAGAACAACAAGAAGAAGAACAAGAAGUCGGGCAACGGUGCGGCGGCUGCCGCUGGCGCCGCUGGCGGCGACGAUGACGACGAGGUCGACACGCCAGUGGACACGCCCAACGGCGCCGGCACGCCCGUUGCCACAGACUAG